CAAAAUACUGUCAGUGCUGUCAGUGUCAUGAUAAAAAAUAGUCGAGUGAUGUUUAUUUUCAAUAAAAAAGAAAAACUUAUCGAUAAAUUCCCCAAUGGCUUUGUUUAAUUUGUAAUGGAUAAUUCUAGCAACCGUAUAAUAGAAUUAAAACGUAAAAAAUGUCGGGCGAUACUGUCCAAGGCUUGCCCCAUAUUGAGCCUGUCGACGUCAAUACCGUAGUGAACGAAAAUAAUAUAUUAUGUGAUUUAUCUAGUGAUUCGGGCGCUGAAACCUUAGAAUCAUGUUCUGCGACGUAUGCGCCGUCUUCCGAUUCCGAAAUAUCGCCUUUAAAUUCUCCUGAUAUUGAUAAACAGGCCAAUAAUGAAAGGGCUAUAGAAGUUGCGGAAAAAGAAAGUAACUCUGCCUUUCCUGUAUCGAUAAGCCCAGAUAGCGAACAAAUUAGCUUUACAUGCUCUGAAAAACAAAGUCUCGAUGACUGUAAUACAGGAAUUAACGCCAAUCAAAUGGACGAAGAUGUUUGUAAAAAUAAUCAAGUUUCAGAUAGUCCUUUAUUGUCUGAAAAUAAAUCUUUAUCCGCCUCCGAAGAUAAUCUCAGUAACAUUGUAUGCAAAGACAAUGAUCACUUGAAUAAAUCAACAACAAGUUUGAAUGUAAUUGACGAGAAAUUUACAAUAGAAUCAACGAUCAGUAGAAGCGCUGAUAAUUUAAUGAAUGUCGAAGGAACCAACGAACUGGACACUGAACAAAUUUUGAACGAGUUCCAAAAUCAAAAACACAAAGUUGCCGCAACACAAAAGAUAUUACCGGACAAUGUGCAAAUAGAUUUAAAAAGUAAAAUACCGAAAGAGAUUUUAUCUCAAGACCUAGGCAGUAUAGUUCGAAAUGUACACGGUAUCUUCUCUUCCGUUAGCGGUAGUUUAAAAAACGCAUACAACAACCAACGAGUAACACAAAAACCUGUAAAAACGAAGCUCCCGCAAAGCAAAGUUCUAAACGACAUAUUUGAAGACGCAGAGGAUAAAAUAGUUAAUAAUCCAGAAACUAUUCCGGAAAUAACAGAAAUCGUUAAAACAGAGGAAAUAAACGAUAACGAUAUUAAUAAAAAUGUUUUAAAACUUCAAAUAGAGUCGUUAGAAAGAGUUUUAGCGGAGCAGAGAAGAGAUAAUGCAUCGUUACGAGAGAAAGUUAAUAGGCAAAUGGAAGAGAUACAAGUGAAGGAUCAGGCUUUCAAGGAGUUGGAAGUUAAGAUUGAUAUGAUGUCAAAACGUACAGAGCAAGCGCAGCGGGAAAAAGACGCAGCGGUCAUGCGAUACGCGAGCCUCGAGUGCACUGUGAUCGAAGCCAGGAAGACCGCUGAGAACGCUCUCAAAAGUGAACGGUCAGCAAUUGCUGAGAAAGAGCUGCUGGUGAAUAAGCUGAAGACGGCGAGGGAGGAGAAACAGAGGAUAUGCCAGUUGUAUGAUGAUAAGUGCCACGAUCUAGCGAACAGUGAGAAAGAAGUGUCGAAAGUUCGGGAAGAUCUCAAGGAAUUAGAGGGACGAUUGAAGUGGACUCAGAGCAAACUGCGAGCUGAAAUGGACGCUUAUAAGGAAAGUGCCGAACGAGCCGAGAAACUAUCGCAGCAAGUUACAGAAUUAGAAACCGCUAAAGAAACUGCGUGUAUCAACGCAUCGGACUCUGCAAGGGCUAAACAGUUGGAAUCAGAACUAAAAGAGAGUCAAGCUGCCCUAAUUUUAAGGACACAUGAAAAAGAAGACUUCGAAAGAAGACUAAAUUCAACAUUACAGCAAUUGGAAACGUGUAAGAGGGAAAGAGACGAAGCUAGCAGCGCUCUCGCUCACACACAGGCUGAGUUGGAGCGAGUGAGACAGCAUGCGUCCAGUCUUGAAGAAGAAGCGGCUGAAUUAGCAGCUUUAAGAGCUCAAGCUGCUUUGGCUGAUACACUUAGUUCACAGUUGCAGAGGGAAACAGAACUCCGGUCGCAAGCGGAAGAUGCAUUAAACGCGGAACGAGCUCGAGGCGAGACUUGCGCUAAACGUGAAGCGGCCGCGUUGGAGCACGCAGCACGACUCACCGCUACACAUGUCGCGGAAAGGGCAAGGGCUGCACAGUGCGAGAAUACGGCGCAAGCGUUAGCCGCUGACAACGCGUCACUCAGAGAGAAGGUAGCGGGUUUGGUUCUUGAAGUGACCAAAUUGGAAGAGGCUUUACGUGAAGAGACUGAAAAGAGGAACAAGGAGACUAGAGUACUUGCUAGGAAGGUAGCGGAACUAACAGAAGAAGCGGCAGAAGCGAAUAAGAAGUGGGAGUGGGAGAAGGGAGAAGUUGGAGUGCUGAAGAAGAAACACGCUAGUGCCAUAAAGGAAUUAAAUCGAGAAUUACAACGUGCGUUGAAACGCGUCGAACAGUUGGAAGCUAAGAUGCCGCAAAAUGGUGACAGUACAUCUAUUAGAACUGGUUCAGUAACAUCGCUAAGCAGCGGGGAAAGUGCCCCCCACGAAGAGAGGCUGACAAACGGACAUACAGACAACUUGCCAGAUAUACAGACGCGCGAACCAGACAGACAGACACUGAUCGAGCGUAUAGUACAAUUGCAACGGGCGGCCGCCCGCCGAGCGGAACGCUGCGAGUUCCUAGAGGAACACUCCCGGCAGCUCACACACGAGCUGCGGGGCAAGGCCAGGUUGUUGCGGCACUUGCUCGCCUCACUGCCCGCGGGUGCUGUGGCCUCGCAGAACAGUGAUCGGAACAAGGUGAGGGACAGACAGACAGACAGACAGACGGAACACUCCCGGCAGCUCACACACGAGCUGCGGGGCAAGGCCAGGUUGUUGCGGCACUUGCUCGCCUCACUGCCCGCGGGUGCUGUGGCCUCGCAGAACAGUGAUCGGAACAAGGUGAGGGACAGACAGACAGACAGACAGACGGAACACUCCCGGCAGCUCACACACGAGCUGCGGGGCAAGGCCAGGUUGUUGCGGCACUUGCUCGCCUCACUGCCCGCGGGUGCUGUGGCCUCGCAGAACAGUGAUCGGAACAAGGUGAGGGACAGACAGACAGACAGACAGACGGAACACUCCCGGCAGCUCACACACGAGCUGCGGGGCAAGGCCAGGUUGUUGCGGCACUUGCUCGCCUCACUGCCCGCGGGUGCUGUGGCCUCGCAGAACAGUGAUCGGAACAAGGUGAGGGACAGACAGACAGACAGACAGACGGAACACUCCCGGCAGCUCACACACGAGCUGCGGGGCAAGGCCAGGUUGUUGCGGCACUUGCUCGCCUCACUGCCCGCGGGUGCUGUGGCCUCGCAGAACAGUGAUCGGAACAAGGUGAGGGACAGACAGACAGACAGACAGACGGAACACUCCCGGCAGCUCACACACGAGCUGCGGGGCAAGGCCAGGUUGUUGCGGCACUUGCUCGCCUCACUGCCCGCGGGUGCUGUGGCCUCGCAGAACAGUGAUCGGAACAAGGUGAGGGACAGACAGACAGACAGACAGACGGAACACUCCCGGCAGCUCACACACGAGCUGCGGGGCAAGGCCAGGUUGUUGCGGCACUUGCUCGCCUCACUGCCCGCGGGUGCUGUGGCCUCGCAGAACAGUGAUCGGAACAAGGUGAGGGACAGACAGACAGACAGACAGACGGAACACUCCCGGCAGCUCACACACGAGCUGCGGGGCAAGGCCAGGUUGUUGCGGCACUUGCUCGCCUCACUGCCCGCGGGUGCUGUGGCCUCGCAGAACAGUGAUCGGAACAAGGUGAGGGACAGACAGACAGACAGACAGACGGAACACUCCCGGCAGCUCACACACGAGCUGCGGGGCAAGGCCAGGUUGUUGCGGCACUUGCUCGCCUCACUGCCCGCGGGUGCUGUGGCCUCGCAGAACAGUGAUCGGAACAAGAAAGAGAUAGCGCGUCUAGGCGGUGGAGCAAUGGCGGCAGUAUGGGGGGGAGAUCCAAACGGCAUUUCUCUGGAACUAUCCCUAGAGAUUAACAAGAAAUUACAAGCUGUUUUGGAGGACACACUGCUUAAGAAUAUUACGCUUAAGGAAAACAUCGACACGCUAGGAGAAGAAAUAGCGAGGUUAAAAGGCAAGAAAAAUACGGAAACAAAUUGAAUUAAUACAUUCCAAGUGUUAAAGGCUAUGUGAAUUUAAAAUUGUUAUAUUUAUAAAGAAUAGAAGAAAUUCGAUCACUCAGCGGGACUCGAACCCGCAUCCUUUCGCGCCAUUCCGGGGCGGAUGCCUGAAUCCGGCAUCCGCGGAAUGGCAUCGGUUCAAAUGGAAUCGAAUUUUUUUCUAUUCUUUAUAAAUUUAUGUUUAUAAAGCAUUUGAAUGCCAUAAAACCAAAAAUAUCAAUUUCAAUUGUUAUAUUUAUUGUGUUGUCAAUAAAUUUAUAUAAAAAAUUAUAGUAUUCAGAGAUUGGACGUAAAGUUUAUCCCAGUGUAAAGAAAAAUA